CAGUCUUCAGAAAAUACUGAUGCAGACUGGAAGUUGACCAAAUCGCAUAGCCUGUUUCUCUAGCUCUUUUAACACUGAUGUUCUUGGCUUAAAAUAUUUUACAAACCAUGGCGUUCAGUAGGUCGCAUCCCUCAUCUCCAGCAAAUAAAACGAAAUUACCUUUUGAACGUGUGGAUACCGCAAGGAAGCUGGAGAGAGGAGGCUCGCAGGGUCCAGGCUCGGCCGGAGUGAGGGCUGCUGCACCGGCGGACAGCUGCGACUUGUCCCAGCGUACGCGGCACCUGGAGGGGGUCUUGAGUAAAUACACGAAUUUGCUUCAAGGCUGGCAGAACAGGUACUUUGUGCUGGACGCGGAGCAGGGGCAGCUGGACUACUUUGUGAGUGAGCAGAGCCAGAGCCAGAAGCCCCGCGGCUCUCUGCCCCUCUCCGGGGCAUCAGUGGUGCCCCACGACGAGCUGCCCCACAUGUUCUGCAUCUACGCUACCAAUGGAGAGAUCUUCAAGCUCAGAGCGUCUGAUGCACGUGAGCAGCAGCUCUGGAUGACCCAACUACAGCUCUGUACAAGGCAACACUUAGAUGGCAGUGCCAAGGGCAUCACCGCCGCCACCUCCACCUCCACCUCCUCCUCCUCCUCCUCCAACGCUGCCCCAGGCUGGACGCGCGGCUCCCCCCACCCUCCAGCAGCAGCACCACCUCCUCCUCCUCCUCCUCCUCCUCCUCCUCCAGCCACCUCCAUCACCACCACCUCCUCCUCUCCACCCUGUGUCCAGCAGAAACCACUCCUCUCUGGGGUGCCCACCUCCAUCUUCUCCUUCACCCACCACAAGUGCCCCACCUCCAUCGGCCACCGGGCCAAGAGCCAGAACUUGGACCCCGGACAGCUCCAGGAGGUCAAAGAGGUGAUGUCCAAGGCGGAGGACCAGCAGAAGAACCUGGUCCACAACAUCGAGUCUCUGCCGAGCCGCGGACCCAUGUCCUCACUGGACCAGGACUUCCUGCUGCUAAAGGCCACCUCGGCGGCCACGCUAAGCUGCCUGGGGGAGUGCCUCAACAUCCUGCAGCACAAUGUCUCACAGGCCGCCCAGCACCUGGCCCACAACCAGGUCCCGAGCCACAACCACAAUCAUAAUCAGAACCAGAACCAGAACCAGAGCCUGCCUGCAGACGGCGUCUCUGGGUGGAGCGGUGGUAAGAUGGCCCCCGCCGAUCAGAAGCAAAGCAGCAGCUCGACAGCGCUCUCCUCCCCCGGCAUGACCCACCUCCGCUCCCCCUCCCCCCGCAACAAGGACCCACUGCAGACCUCCGAGGAGCACCCAAGCCCUGAGGCGGUGGACCCCAGCGAGGAGACCACAGACACGGAGGACAAUGAAGAGGAGGACCUAGGCGUCCUGGAUGACCAGCGGAGCAUCAUCCUCCACCUGCUGUCCCAGCUCAAGCUGGGCAUGGACCUCACCAGGGUGGUGCUGCCAACCUUCAUCCUGGAGAAGCGCUCGCUGCUGGAGAUGUACGCCAACUUCAUGGCUCACCCGGACCUGUUCCUGGCCAUCGGUGGCGGCGCCACGCCCGAGGAGCGCAUGGUGCGCUUCGUGGAGUACUACCUGACCUCCUUCCACGAGGGCCGCAAGGGCGCCGUGGCCAAGAAGCCCUACAACCCCGUGCUGGGCGAGAACUUCCGCUGCACCUGGGACGUGCCGCGGGAGCGCGUCCGACCCCUCAGGACCACCAACAACACCGCCACCACCAACGCGCCGGCCGCCGGUCAGCCAGCAAGCGCGGCCUCGGGGCCGGGCGAGUCGGGGCGGACUGGCGACGCGACGGCAGCGGGGGACCGUCUCCGGCUACGCUUCGUGGCCGAGCAGGUGUCGCACCACCCGCCGGUGUCGGGGUUCUACUGCGAGUGCAAAGAACGCAGGAUGUGUGUGAACGCGCACGUGUGGACCAAGAGCAAGUUCAUGGGGAUGUCCAUCGGAGUGUCCAUGGUGGGAGAAGGGGCGCUGCACCUGUUGGAGCAUGAUGAGGUGUACGUGUUCACGCUACCCUCAGCCUACGCCCGCUCCAUCCUCACUGUGCCUUGGGUGGAACUGGGAGGCAAAGUGUCCAUCACCUGUGCCAAAAGCGGAUACUCCGCUGCCGUCACCUUCCACACAAAACCCUUCUACGGAGGCAAAGUACAUAGGGUGACGGCGGAGGUCAAGCAGAACUCCACUGGCACCAUCAUCUGCAAGGCACAGGGGGAGUGGAACGGAACCCUGGAGUUCACCUAUAGCAGCGGAGAGACCAAAGUGAUUGACACCUGCAAGCUGCCAGUCAUCAAAAAGAAGAUCAGGCCCACGGAAAAGCAAGGGCCGUAUGAGUCGAGGCGGCUAUGGCAGAACGUGACGUCGGCGCUGAAGUCGGGGAACAUGGAUGUGGCGACGGAACACAAGCACCAGCUGGAGGAGCGUCAGCGGAGCGAGGAGCGCCAGCGAGCGGCCACCAACACGCCCUGGAAGCCCAAACACUUCAGCAAAGAGGGAGGUGGCUGGGUAUAUCACAAUCCAUUGUGGAAGGCUCACUGACAGGGGCCACGGGCAGACGCCAAACUCCAGCUGUCAAUCACGUAGCCCAGCCCACAAAGGGGGUGCGGCUCUACAGAGGGAGGGCUGGCCAACCAGAAGAAAAGGAAACCAGGCGAGCGCACAUCAAAAGGGACACCAGCAGGAUGGCCACCCAACUCUCCCAUAAACUCACGUGUGUAGCUCCAAGUGACUAGUGCCAAACAAGUAGCCUCAACCAACAGAAAUGAGCAGGGAGCUCGAAUAUCCAUAUACGCAUUACCCUGGUGUAGACCCUCCUGGAACACAUUAGCAGAGGACAAGGAACACAUAACAUGUAGGCUGCAAAUGGCAGGAAUAUAUUUACAGAUUGUUUUAAUAGCAUUAUUGUUUUGUUUUUUUCCACCAGGUGUUUGUAAGAGGGUGGCCAUGUUGAAUGUCACCUCAUACCCCAUGCAGUCCAGUGUUAUAUAAGCCACGCUUACUGAUCACAUUUUAAACUUAAAGUGUGAUAGAAGGAGAUAUUAAGGAUAACUUGAAAUAUGGAGAUCUCAAUGGUAUUCGUUCAUACAACCCUAAAAAAACAUGCAGUCACUGUUGUCAUCUCAACUGGACGGGCAGGCCUGUGUGGACUGGCUAUUCUUAGGAAGGCCAGUGAUCCAAGGCACAGACAGAGGCCUUACAGGUUCGCUACGGUGUGGAUGCAGCCUUGCUGUGGUCAUCAGGCAGGCAGGCAGAAGCAGACGUGGACUUGGGGAAAGUUAGGGCUGAGAAAGUACUGUAUGUUUUUCUGUUUCACCCACACACAGAGUCAUUAGCUUCCUAAUCCCCAGCUUCAACAGCUAAUUAGCAUAUCCAGAUGUUUGACAUCACAUAGGCGCCAACUCCAUAGGUGCUCGAGGGCACACACACACACACACACACACACACACACACACACACACACACACAGAAAGAGAGAAAGAGAGGCUCUGAUGAGCAAUUCAAUCAGAUGGUCAUGGAGGAGAAAGAACAACAAAAGCAUAAACCCUAUUGCAGAGGAACCUUUCUUCAGGUAAUGGAAGUGUUCUCCUCUGAUGUAGGAGUGAUGAUAAUGAUGAAGCCACAUCUCUGGUCCGCUGUGGGCGAAAGCAUGAGAAGCAUAAGCCAGUGAAGACAGCGGAGAGGUGAACAAGGUGCUCGAUUGAAUCGAUGCAAGCGCAACAUAUGCCAUCUUUAAUUGGUCAUACGGUGAACCAGGGCUUGGCCAACCAAGUACCAUAAUUCAAUUAGCCGUCUCCUAAUCCUAUAAGGGGGGACUCCACGCAUGCCAUUACUGUACUUCCAUGUGAUGGAGAGUUGAACAGGAGAUCAUGGGUGAGAACAAGAAAGCAAACAAGAAGCAGGACAGAUCCAGUGUACUUUUUAAAAACAGUAUUAGUCCUCUGUUCCUGUACUCAAGAUGCUGUUUCACUAACACACGGCUUGGUUAGGUCAGUGGUAGGGCCCCACCCUGACCCCAUCACCCUGGUUAAAUGGUAACAUUAAAAUAUUAUUUUUGCAUUUUGGUUCCAUUUCCCGUCUCAAUCUGCUGAAUCUAAUUUGUUGUUAUAAUUCAUAAGUCGGUCUGUCUAUGACUCCUAUGUCCGUGUAUGGCUAUUUUGUUUUGAAUCUAUGAUCUUCCAUGUCCAAAAAGAAAGGCACUAUUACAGUUUUUUCUGAAUUCUUAUAGCACAAUUUCUAAAACUAUUAAUACUUAUCGCAAAACCACUCACGCAAAACUAAAAGCACAAACACUGCUUUGCACUCAGUUUGCAAU